AUGUCCUUCCCCCAGCUGGGCUACCCGCAGUAUCUGAGCGCUAGCCCGGCGGUCUACGGAGGCGACCGUCCGGGGGUCCUGGCUGCUGCCGCUGCCGCCGCUGCCGCCGCCUCCUCGGGUCGCCCCGGGGCUACCGAGCUGGCCAGCGGCUCGCCCGCCGUCGCCUCCGUCCUGGGCAUGUAUGCCACUCCCUACAGCGCGCCCAACUACAGCGCCUUCCUGCCUUACACCGCCGACCUCGGCCUCUUCUCCCAGAUGGGGUCCCAGUAUGAAUUAAAGGACAACCCCGGGGUCCAUCCGGCGACUUUCGCCGCCCACACCGCCCCUGGCUAUUACCCCUACGGCCAGUUCCAGUACGGGGAUCCGGGACGGCCCAAGAACGCCACCCGGGAGAGUACCAGCACCCUGAAGGCCUGGCUGAACGAGCACCGCAAGAACCCCUACCCCACCAAGGGCGAGAAGAUCAUGCUGGCCAUCAUCACCAAGAUGACCCUCACCCAGGUGUCCACCUGGUUCGCCAACGCCCGGCGCCGGCUGAAGAAGGAGAACAAGGUGACCUGGGGGGCCCGGAGCAAGGACCAGGAGGACGGCCACCUCUUCGGCAGCGACAACGAAGGGGACCCCGAGAAGGCCGAGGACGACGAGGAGAUCGACCUGGAGAGCAUCGACAUCGACAAGAUCGACGAGAACGACGGCGAGCAGAGCAACGAAGAGGAGGAGGACAAGGCUGAGGCUCUGAGGCCUAGUCAGGAGCAGAGCCCGGAUCCGGACCAGGGCCUGGCGGCUCUCCCCGAGGGCCUGAAGCCCAAGGAGCCUCUCGCCCUGGACGGCAGUAACACACGCAUCCUCAGCCCCGGUGCCCAGGGUGGCUUGCCAGGGGCUCCCCAUGGCAAGCCCAAGAUCUGGUCCCUGGCUGAGACAGCCACCAGCCCGGACGGCCUCCUCAAGUCAUCACCUCCUCCUCCUCCACCUCCUCCUCCUCCACCUCCGGCUGCCCCCAGCCAGGUGGCUCACUCGCCCUCCCAACUGCAGCAUCCUGCUUUCUUGCCCAGCCACGGACUCUACACGUGCCAGAUCGGCAAGUUUCACAACUGGACAAACGGAGCCUUCCUCACCCAGAGUUCCCUGUUGAACGUCAGGUCCUUUCUGGGAGUAAACCACCACCACCAUCAUCACCAUCAUCACCCCCAGCUGCAGCAGCAGCCUCCGGUGCUCACGGCCACCCUGGGGGGGCUCAGUGGUGACAAAUCCUCCGAGAGGACCAGCCCCAAACACACAGAAAGAGAAAACGUAGCCAGGACCGACACUCCUCCCCAGCAGCUCAAAUCGCCUUUUCAGCCCGUCCGUGACAACUCUUUGGCUCAGCAAGAGGGAACACCGCGAAUUUUAGCUGCUCUCCCUUCCGCUUGAUUAUUUUUUGAGGGGUGGGUGGGAGGGGUGGAUUGGGACAGGGGGCGGAAUAAAAAAAAAUUUCAGAGACUGGUAUUAAAGGACAAAAUACGGAAAUGAUAUAAACUAUUCCCAUCCAUCUCCUUUUGCAAUAAGGUGCAAAGACAUCAAUGCGAUUUUCCAUACCGUAGUUGGAACUCCUUUGUACCAUUUCAGAUCGUGUUAUUCUAACCAUCCUUGGAUUAUUUGUUUGGUAAAUGUUGCCCAUGUGUUUGUGUUUUUUCUGUAUAUAGAGUGAUUUCAGAUUGUAAAUAGCGCGUCAGCAAAACUUGUCUAAAUCAUAUAUUUUUGUCUAAUAAACUAAAUGAAAUUAUGAA